UAAAUUUAGCGACAGAGUUUUCCUGUGGUUCUGUUAAAUCGGAAAUUUAAGAGUUUCACUUAAAAUUCAUGUAGUGUACACGCUGUAAAUCAUUCAAAAUACAUAAAUUACAGACAGUUGCUUUUUUAUGGUGUUUCAUGAAUUUAACUUCCAACGACGCAUUUGUUAACCUCUCGAAAAAGCUUUCUUUAAAUGGUGAGCGAAAAAUAGUAGAAAUCUGUUUUUUAGUUUUUUUAUCAGUUAUUUACUAGAGCCUAAAUCUGACUCAUCAGUUCUUUAUAAAUUAACAAAAAAGUUAUACCAAUAAGAUAGGAAAGAUUGCUGUACUUUAUCCUUGAAUAAUGUUUUAUUUUUCUGCUUUAUUUCAUCUAUAGAAUACCUUUAAACUAUGUUAUCUAAUUAGUCGAUCACACUAACUGUAUGACAAUGAGAAACUAUAAUUGCUAAUAUCAUUAUUUUCGCUCUUUCAGACUGAAUGCAGCGACUACAAAACAAAGUAUCAUCAAUCUUUUAUUACCACGGUUUAGUCUGUGCCAGCCACCCUUUUGCUAUAAUAACAUUUGUUAUAUCUAUAUUGCUGAUUACUUGGUAUCCCCUUACGGGGUUAUCAUAUCUUAGUAACGCACCGUUGGAAUAUCAAACUCAUAUUGACGAUCAAUAUCAGGGUUCUGGACCAAGUUGGUUCAAUGGUUACCCCUAUGUAUAUGCUACUCAAUUCGUUUUCAAGACGACUGUUUCUCCAUGGAAUAAGAAACUCUUAGUAAAGACAGAUGCUUUCAGAGCAACUAUAUCUAAAGCAUUCGAUAUUCUUGACCAAAUUCGUAAUUUUCAAGCAGUCAACGCGGGAAAUGCUUCAACAUUAACUUUAUCUGACGUAUGUUAUCAUGCCUCGCAAACUAUAGAUGCUAUUAAGAAACUGAAUAUACUCCCAGAAUCUGGAUGCCUAAUUCUUUCUCCAACAAACUUCUGGGGAAAUAAUAAAUACAGGUUUAUGGAAGAUGCUGAGAUUAUUAAAACGAUUUUUAAUAAUUAUGGUAGCAUUUUGGAAAAUCCUCCAAAUAUCAGAGACCAUCUGUUCGGUUUGCCAUUAUCGGUUACCGGUAAAAUUGAGAUGGUAAAAUCUAAAUGGGGUUUGGCAUUUAGCGCUGUUUUUACAGUCCUAAGCUCUUUAUUAAUGUCAAUUGGUAUAUGUACUUUUUUUGGAAUGUCACCAACUCUUAGUGGAAGCGAAAUCUUACCAUAUUUGGUCGUUAUUAUUGGAAUUGAAAAUACAAUUGUUGUUACGAAAUCGGUUGUAUCAACACCAUUUGAUAUUGAAGUCAAAUAUCGUGUAGCAAAGGGUCUAAGAAAGGAAGGAUGGCCGAUAUUUAAAAAUCUUAUUAUAGAAUUAACAAUUUUGGCUGCUGGUUUUGCAACAUUCGUACAGGCAAUACAGGAAUUCUGCCUAUUCGCCGUUGUUGGUCUGCUUACAGAUUUUUUUCUGCAAAUGUUUUUUUAUGCAACUGUCUUAUCUGUUGAUAUGCGUAGACUUGAGCUUUCCGAUUUAGCUAAACAUCAAACCGAAUUAAGAGUAACCAAUGAAAAAGAUGAUCCAUUACCUGUGUUUGAAUGUCCCGUCAAAUCCAUAUUUGGCAGUUCAUCAGCGACCUCGCCAAGUGCGAGACGACUUUCAAAAUCGUCAAAUUACGUUGGUAAACAAAGCGGUCCACAAUUUCAUUAUGUACCUCGUCAAGCUAAAAGAAUACGUGUCAUGGACUUUUUAGCUAGAACUAGGCUUAUGCAAAGAGCUUUAAUGGUUUGCUUCAUAGUUUGGGUGAUACUAUUUUUAUAUAAGAGUGGUCUUAUGGGGAAAAUAGCGGGUUUUAUAUCUGUUGGUCCGGACUUAAAACCUCAGAUAACUCCUGAUGACAUCCUUAAACAACAAUUGACCCAUUCUAACUUCGAACAGUGGCGUUCUCUAUCUCAUAAUCAUUUCCCUGGUUUAUUUUCAUAUUAUAAUAUUUCAUUAGAUGGUCGCUAUAUAUCCGUUUUGCCGUCACGCCAUUUUUCGGUCAUUCAAACACCUAAUGAAGCAGUUGAAUUGAGACACCAAGAAGAAGGAAGAUCUGAAACUUCCAAUGACGAUAAAACAGAGAAUUCAGAAGAAGAAGAUAUGAUACGAUUUUAUCCGAACACUCAGAAGGAACUAGUUGUUACCAUCGUUUUCGUCAUACUUUCGUCGGUAAUAAUAGCUUACAUGUGCGCUGGAUUAUGUCGCUUUAUGUGCUCCAGACGAUAUGAAAAAUCCCAACGUGAUUGGUGGUAUGGCAAAAAACCAGUAGAUAGAAAUGUCACUCUAAAUGGAGAACCAAAAGUCCUUAUUAGUCACUCAUGUUCAAUAGAUUUAAUGGCUGUUGAUGGUACUUUUAUCUUAUCCUGCUGUCUCUCUGGAAAACUUGCUUUAUUCGACUCAUUGGCUAGUCGUUGUUUGAAUACAAUUGAUCGAAAGACUGUUGUUAAACGGCAUACAUCAUUUCGAAAAAGACCUAAACCAGAACCUGCUUUAGAUGGAAUUCAUUAUGACUUUAACGUUACAAAUGAUAAUGUUCAACGACUAUCACGAGAAUUUUCAAACUUAAAGACUUCUUCUUCAUCUGUUCUGACCGAGGAGGAAGACUCUUGUAAGUCAGCUCCUAGUAUAUGGUGCAUUGACUUAUUUGAAAGUAAAGCGGCCGCAGGUUGUGAGGAUGGAGUCAUUGAAAUAUGGGACAUGAUGAGCGGUAAUUUGCUGUUUGAGUAUUCUGAUAGCAGAUCCGGUGUUACCUAUGUAUCCAUAAGCAGCAAAACUUGCUUAGCUGCCAGACUGAAUGGCACAAUCACUGUUUUUGACGAUAAUGAUUGUCACAAAACGAUACAGGCACAUAGGACUGAAAUCACUUCAAUUUCAAAAUUUCGCUCUCAUCUCCUUACUGGUGGCCGAGAUGAAGCCGUUAAAGUUAUUCAUCUUGAUACCUUUAAUAUUAAAUUUAACCUACGUGGGCAUUCAUCUCCUAUUACUAAAGUAUAUCUUGAUGAACAUGGCGCAAUGAGCAUUUGCUCCGAUGGCCACAUUCGUUUCUGGGAUGUGUCAACUGGAACAUGCACCAGAUGGUUAAGGAGUACAUUUUCAGGCUGUAUUUUACAUAUAUCUGCUAAUCAAACUGCUAUGGUCAUUGCAACGGACAAAGAUAAAGUCUAUGUCUGUGAUAGAGACACAGGGAAAAUUGGCGAAUGCGCCUCUUCAAAUGAGAUAUCUUCUACUCUUCUCUCUGCCCGUUUUUUUGUACUAGGAUUUUGUGAAUCAAUCGAAAUCUGGGACACUGCCUCGGUUAAAUUCAAGAUGGGUUUGAAAUUUGAUAACUCUUCAGAAAAAGUUACUAAUAUUCAGCAGUUGACAGAUGGAUCAAUUGUAUGUUCAAUUGGUUAUCAGCUCCGGGUUAUCGAUUUGCCCAUUUUGAAAACCGAAUAA